GUUCCUCCGUUGCGUUUUUAGCUAUAUAUAUAUAUAUAUGUGUAUUUGUGUAUAUAUAUAUCAUGGUUUUAAAACCCGGCCCGGCCCGGUCGGUUGAACCGGUUGAACCGGACCCGGGCUUAAAAACGGGCCGGUUUCAUGCAUUGGCCCGUUUUGCAAGUUGGCCCGCUUUAGCCCGCCAGACUCGCCAGACCCGCUCCAAACUCCCAACCCGUCCCACCCGCCGGGCCAUCCCUCUGCCUCAUCCCUGCUCCAUCUCCCGUGAGUUCAUCGGCAUCUCACCACAACAGUCACCACCUCAUCACCUCCGACAAAGUGGCCUGAUCUCCCUGCUCCACUUCCGUCAAGAUCUCACCAGCAGUCACAGCCUCAUCUAGACAUGGAGAAAUAAAGAAAACUCUCUGCAAAUUGUAAAACCCAGAACAGAAGAAAGGAGUGAGAAACAGAAGGAACCAUGGACGAGCUCCAGAUCUCAGCCACCUCCGUCGACGGCAACACAACUCAGCGUCCAGCCGAUCGUCCUCAUCACUCAUCUCCUCUGCCGAGCAACACAGAAAAACAGAACAAAAUCAACAGAUCAUCCUCAUCUACCUCAUCUCCUCCGUCGAGCACCUCCUCCUCCUCAUCUCCUCCGUCAAUCACGGCAUCUUCAUUUGCCUCAUCUCCUCCGCCGAGCACCUCCUCCUCAUGUCCUCCGUCGAUCAUGGCGUCCUCAUCUGCCUCAUCUCCUCCACCGCUCCUCUUCUUUUCCUGCCUCCACUGAGCAGAAGCAGCAGCAGAAAUCAGAAUCUGCAACAGCUCAUCGAACAUAUCGUCAAAAAUUGAAAAAAGUGUAUUUUUAGGUUCGUGAUUGUUCUGUCACACGAGCACUUGGAUUGAAUCCUCGGUUUUGUGUGAUUUGAGGAAGCAAAGUCAAGGACGGGGAAAAACAAGGGGAGUGACGGGUUAGAAGGUUAGCCAUAUUGUAAAUUUGACAUAGAUUUUAGAUAUAAAUCAUGAUAUUGUAA